AUGAAAGACGUCGUCAUCGCCUGUGUCGGGAAACCAUCCGCCGGAAAGUCGUCCUUCCUGAACGCAGUCACAGAUGCCACAGCAAAGGUCGGAAACUACCCAUUCACCACAAUCAAACCCAACAAUGGAAUUGCAUACUUUCCGAUCGAGUGCCCAUGCAAACGUUUCAACAAGACAAAGCUCUGCGCGCCAAGAUACGAUGGAAAGCGAUUUGUUCCGAUUCAGAUUCUGGACGUGGCAGGAUUGGUUCCAGGAGCAUCAGAAGGGCAGGGUCUAGGAAACCAAUUUCUGGACGACCUUCGACAUGCGAACGCUUUGAUCCACGUCGUCGAUGUCAGCGGAACCACGGAUGCCAAUGGCAAGGAGACAGUUGGAUACGAUCCCAUUGGUGACAUCGAAUGGCUCCGGGGUGAGAUUCAUUCAUGGAUCUUAGGCAACUUGAACAAGCGCUGGAACCAGAUCGUCCGACGACACGUUGCCGUCAAGGCGUCAACAGCAGAGACGUUACAUAACCAAUUCUCGGGAUAUGGAGCAACUUUGUCACUAGUGCAAAAGAGUUUGGACAGGAGUGGUGUUAAGGAACCUAUGGAUACUUGGGAGAAAGAGACUAUCUUAAAGAUUGUCGAUGCAUUCUUAGAUGAGCGCUUCCCUACCGUCAUUGCAUUGAACAAGAUCGACUUGCCAGACUCGGAUAAGAACAUCUCUAAAAUCAUGCGCAAAUAUGACCAGAACAAGAUUGUACUUUCCAGCGCACUUGCAGAGACGUUUCUCCGGAAAUUGCACAAGCAAAAGUUUAUCCAGUACGAGGAGGGCACGGACAACGUGCAGACGAAAGAAGAUAUGCCUGAUUCAGAUCUGAAGCCACUAGAUGAAAAACUUCAAAACCGUAUUGAAAAAGUUCAGGACUUGGUGUUGUAUCGGUAUGGAUCGACGGGCGUGCAGGAUGUGGUUUUAAAGGCCGUCGAGAUUCUUGGGCUCGUCCCUGCAUUCCCGGUCAAGAGUCUCACGACAUUUGCCAACACAAACGGGAAGGGCGUGUUCCGAGACUGUGUCCUGCUUUGGCCUGGAACGACUGUGCUCGAGUUUGCCGAUAUUGUUCACCCCGAGAUCGCCAAGCACUAUCUUGGAGCAGAAACCAUUGGCAACCGCAAGAUUGGAGAAGACGACGUGAUUACACAGGAGAACAACAUUAUUUGCUUCAAGACAUCGCAGGCGACUCAUUCCUCUGCCACAGGUGCACCUGCGAGCACAAACACAAACACCUCAGGCGCACAUACGGCAAAGAAGUAA